UUAUCAUUGAUGGUUAUUUUCGAGGCCACCUUUGGUGCUUAGAUUGUAAACAUGGAAAACAAUAUAGCUGCUAGCUGUCAGUAAUGCUCGAUAAAGACACGACACUGCAACUGUCGCUGUCUUGCAAUGAGCCCUUAAACCGUUCAGAAACGGGAAUAUUUAUAAGCCGUCUCUUCCCGGAUAAUCAGUAGUUCAGGAUAACGCGCUUCUUGAUUGAUGAACGGGUGUUUCAUAAUAGCCUACCAUUUUUUUUAGAGUAGCCUAGGUGACCCUUCGUGUUUUAUGUAUUCACGGUUUAGUUAAUAUAGGCCUAAGUAGUUAACUUCUGUCUUUGCCGGGAUCGUUUUUAUUGAGUGACUGCUGUCGCAAUCGGCAUCCCAAUGGCGAUUAAUAAAACAUACAUCAGUAUAGGCUAUGCUGCCUUUGGCAUGGCAAUGGGAUUCUCCGCUUUUCUGGUGUGGAAUGUUGCAUAUAAACAACCAUGGACAGGAGCAAUGGGCGGCUUGUCAGGUGUGCUUGCCCUCUGGGCACUGGUCACACACAUCAUGUACCUGCAGGACUACUGGCGGACCUGGCUGAAGGGGCUUAAGUUCUUCCUCUUCAUUGGGAUCUUCUUCUCUGUCCUGUCCAUCAUCGCUUUCAUUACUUUCCUCUCGGUGGCCAUCACGCGUAAAGAAUCUCUGAAGGACCCCAACAGCCUGUUCCUGUCAUGUGUGUGGAGCUUCAUGUCUCUGAAGUGGGCCUUUGUGCUCUCGUUGUCUGCCCACCGCUACCGCAAGGAGUUUGCUGACAUCUCCAUCCUCAGUGACUUUUAACCAUGCCUAACAACAACACAAACAACACACACACACACACACCGCAGUACACACUUUUACAUACCCCCCUAGUAUAUUCAUGCACUUACACCCUGACCCCUGACACGGAACACACACACACACACACACACACUACACACCACACACCUGGACCUAGCUUCUUAGGGGGUAAGAAGACAGAAGAGGAAAUGAAUGAGUAGAAGUGAAAGGUGAGAAUGGGGCAUAAAUGGGUGAGGAUGUUAAAUGAGAGCCCAUGGAAUUUCUAUCUUUCUUUCUUAUGCAGUGUCUUUUUCUAUCUUUCCAACAACCCCUCUCUGUCAUCCACUCUUUCUCAUUCUGCCUUUCUCUAUCAGACAUGGCUGUUUUUUAACGACUGUAUUUUCAGUGUCAUCUCUUCAUGUACAAUUGCAGUAUGUAUGUGUGUUGCAUCUCUAUGCUUCUCCUAACACAGGUCUUCAUGUGAUAUCCGCCAUUUUUUAUACCUAACCACACAAACCAGUUUGGUCUGCAUCACGUCUCAAUAUAUACAAUUUCACUUCAUAAAAAAAGGAACUGUUAUGUGGGGUGGAAAAAUCAAAGGCAAAAGAAACAUUUUACCACUACUUUGGCUUGUGAUGCACCAUUUUCACCACAUGGUGGUGCUGCGCCACUUUUUUGUUGUUUCCUUGGCAAAUGAAACAGGGUCCAUUUAAAUCCACACACAUCCUGCAUGCAACACAGCGCGCGCGUAUCCUCUUGUCGACUGUCAGCCGUCAUAGACACCGCAGCCAGAACAAGCGCACCACAGCCAUGUCCCCACUGAGACAGGAUUGCACUUUAUUGCCUGCUUGUGUCACAGGGCAUUCGAUAGGCCCCUUGAAAAGUAUGGAAAGCAAAUGUCUGGUGUCUGUAAGUGUGGCCAGGAGGAAUCUCUGAGGCAUUCUACUCUUGUGAAGCUUUUACCAUUUUAAUCCACAUCUCUGUACAGAUGUGAUUUACCAAACAUUUUUUUAUGCAGUAGCAUGCUGAUAUUUUUAUUUACGUUAUGAACUCCUAAUGUUGUGGGGGGCUUAAACAAUGUUGAGAUUAAACUGUCAAUUCUUCACUGUUAGAUUAACAGAUGUGAAACAUAAUGAUUUAAGUGGGAAUGUUGGCAUAGCUGUUUGUCAGAGAGCAUUGUUUUUGGUUGUUGUUGGGUGGGUUUGCUUGUCAGAGGCUAUCUGAAGAUAAACAAGAGUAAGGGACUUUCGUUUCUUUAAAGUUUGUAGCAUUUUACUGGUUAUUGUUCGAAGUUGAUGUUUAAGAUGAUCUUUGCCCGAGUGAUGACAUCAGGAGAAAUGUUAAAGACUUCACACAAUGUCUUUCUGCUGAGGCCAUGAUGUCUCAGGGUCACAAGCCAGUCCAAAGACAUCGGCGUCCAAUAACCUGCACAAACCAGCGAGUGUGCAUGUCCCUUCACAAGUGUUUAUUUUUAUUACAAUUGUCUUUUAUUACAGAUAGGCUUAUUUACAGAUAGGCCUUUGUAGUAGCAUUUUACAGCAGUUAUUUUUUUAAAUCGUUUCAUUAUCAGGUAAAUAUAUCUGUGCAACAUAAUGUACUGUCAUAGCAAGAGCCAAUUCCAUGUAUGACAUAUGUGUGUGUAUGUGCAGUCAUAAUGUGAGAGAGGCCCACUAAUAAAAUGUGCUUUUAUGAGA